AUGCUGGACCAAGAGAGACGCUGCGAAAGUGUCGAGAGUGCCGAGGCACUUUCCUCUGAAGCUUUUGUCGAUACAGAGGGCAGGGGAGAGGUGAGACGCACGGUGGGAAGUGAGGAGGCUCCUGACGCCAUGAGUGGUGACAGCUUCACAGGCGACGAAGGGAUCUCUGACAGCGUCCCAGGCCAAAUAACGGAAGAGUCAGAGCACGACAUGCACGUGGAGACCGAAGAAAAACCGGGCGCAGAGGGGGAAGAGGCGCAGACUGAGACAGCGUCCAGAGAUGGAGGGGCCGGCUCGGAGUCAACGGAGGACAAUCAUGCAGAAGAGACGCACGAGAAGAGUGGUGGCGUUAAAAUGUCACCUGGUGAUGUAUCUUCCUCUUCCCUCGAUGCGUCUACUCUCUCCUUGUCGGGUCCCCUGUUCUCUGAAGCGUCUCAAGACGCUUCCCUGCCUUUUGCCUCUCCCCCGUUGAAGCGCCAAGAAGGCGAGGAGACCUCAGGUGUACGGACAGCCCGGUGGCCGGCGGGGACCCCGGCUCGAUCCUCAGAAUCGGGGGGAGACGCAGCCACACCAUCAGAGGAAAGCGAAAUGGAAUCUCAGUCAAGGACGGAUGCGCCUGAGACUGCGUCUGAAGAGCUACCAAAGGAAAUCCCGGAUAACGAACGGGAAGUCAAGAGAGAAGAAAAGAAGACCAAGGACCUAUUCUUGGGAUUGUGGCCCGAAUUCUCUGUCGCGGGAGCUCUCGAACUCCCGUCGCUUCUGCACCUGGCGGCUGCAUGCAAAAAGUUCUCAAAGCCAAAGCAGGCACAAGAAUUCCUCGAGACCCUCAGCGCCGAGGAGAAGACGCAGCUGCAGCGACGCUAUCAUCGGGUGGCUCGGCAGCUGGCGCGGGUGUCUCCUGUACGUCCCAUGCCUCAAGAAAAAUUCCGUCUGUUUGCGGUGACGAAGGCGGAGACGAGGGAGGACUACGUUGAUCUCAUGAAGGACCAGGAGAAGCAGCUUCGCAGUCUGCAGCCGCACGAUGUCGUUUUCGCAAAUCUGCAUGGUCAGCUCAAGGAGCUUUUUCCCGAACGAAGUGAAGCGGCAUUGUACGACAUGUGUCGGAGAGUCUGCGCGUUGGCGAAUCAAACAAAUCGCAAGGACGUUCUCGGGCCCCUGAAAAGGGCACUCUCACAUGCGCGUUUCGCUUUGGCGCGAGAGCACCGAAAGUGGAGAUCGCAAGAGACGGCCGAGCGUGAAGAUUCCUCUUAG